GAUGUGGACACAAAACUCAAUAAACUUAGUUUUGAAAUCAAAGACUUUGUCGGCAAAAGUCUUAUGAGUAAACAUUUGGACGAAAUUCUCAGGAAUUCGUUCAAAAGGGCGAAACUGUUUACCACUUAUCGGCUGAAUAUGAAGACUAAAUUGAAACAAAUGAAGUUCAGUGUCGGCAAAAAGUAUCUACAAAUGAGCGGCAAAUUACUCAUUAUUAAACCCUUUGAAUCAAUUGAUGGCAAUAUUGACGACAACAUUACCGACCGGAUUAAGGACUCAUAUUUUCUGCCCGAAAAGGGAUUAGAAGGAAAGUUAAACUUCGAGAAAGUGGACGAAAAUCCCGACGAUUUAGCGUUUGAUAAAAUCGCCGAAAUGUCCAAACGGGGUGUGGGAAGGGGUGGAGAAGAGGUGACCAGUUGUGGUGACAAUGUGUGGCCACUAUUUGCCGAUGCGCUGAACAGUCCAGUCCUGUUGACAGAGCGGACACCUAUUGUUUUGCUGAACCCAUAA